AUGCAUUUGUAUCAACGACAAGCUGUUCCCGAGGCUCGGCUGGACCUUUGGCAACCGAGGACUGCCGUUCGGGGCCAAGCUCGAGGACGUGAGGGACGUCUGCGCUGCCAUGCAGCAGUCACCACAAUUGCACCCGCACGAGCGGCAACAGCGCUAGCACCCAGCCGGCUACGACCUCUUGGCCGAGUUGACGACAAUCCUCUGGAUAUGGAACGCGAUAUUUGCAACAUCAUCAGCAAGUAUUCGCCCGAGUACGUCAAGAGCAGGGUGUUGCGCGGGCCCGCCGAUGCUGUCAUGUGCAUGCUACGUAUCGGCGAGAUCACGGCCCGUGUGGGGUGGUUUGUGGGUAUGCUGUACGCGGACCGGCUCCUGGGCCACGAAGACACCCCCGACAGAGUCAAGCUGCGGGCGGCGGAGCUGCGGGAGAUGCUAACGGCUCUCGGUCCCUCGUUCAUCAAGGCGGGGCAGGUGCUAGCCAACCGCCCCGAUAUUGUACGGGAGGACUACAUGAAUGAGCUGUGUGUACUGCAGGACGACGUUCCCCCCUUCCCUGACUCGGUCGCGUUCUCCAUCAUGGAGCAGCAGCUGGGGCGGCGGCUGGAGGAGGUGUUCUCGUCCAUCAGCGAGAAACCCGUGGCGGCGGCUAGCCUGGGGCAGGUUUACAAGGCCGUCCUCCGCGACACGGGCGAGGAGGUGGCCAUCAAGGUGCAGCGACCGGGAGUUGAACCCACCAUCCUCCGAGACCUCUACAUAUUCCGGCUCGUGGGCGGGUUGUUCAAUGCCCUGUCCCGGCGGCGACUGGGUUGCGACACCCGGCUGAUUGUGGACGAGUUCGGAGAGAAGCUUCUGGAGGAGCUGGACUACACGCAGGAGGCCCGGAACAUACAGGAGUUUGAGAGGAACUUCAGGUCGGACCCCUCCGUGAAAAUCCCCUGGGUCCGCCCCGACCUGUGCGGCACCAAGAUGCUGGUGAUGGAGUGGAUCGACGGCAUCCGCUGUACGGCACCUGACGCGAUUCGCGGCUCGGGUGUGCGGGUGGACGACUUCAUAAAGUGCGGGGUGGUCAGCGGACUCCGACAGCUGCUGGAGUUUGGUCUGUUCCACGGCGACCCGCACCCCGGCAACAUCUUUUGCCUGCGGGACGGCCGGAUCGCCUACGUGGACUUCGGCAACGUGGCCCAGCUCUCCGCACGCAACAAGGCGGUGCUCAUUGACGCGGUGGUGCAUGCAGUCAACGAGGACUACACGGCCAUGGCGGAGGACUUCAUCAAGCUGGGGUUCCUAGCGCCCGGUACGGACAUCAAGCCCAUAGUCCCGGCCUUGGAGAAGAUCUGGGCUGACUCGAAGGGCCAGUCCCUGGCGGAUUUCAAUUUCCGUACAGUGACCUCCAAGUUCAACGAGCUGGUGUACCAGUACCCCAUCCGCAUCCCGGAGAGGUACUCGCUCGUCAUCAGGUCGCUCCUGACGCAGGAGGGUAUUUGUAUGACUCUGAAGCCCGAGUUUCACUUUUUGGAGGUGGCCUACCCCUACGUGGCGCGGAGACUGCUUACGGACGAGGACCCCGCGCUGCGGGAGAGGCUGUUCCAGGUGCUGUUCCAAGAUGGCAAAUUUCAGUGGAAGCGUCUGGAGAACUUGCUACAGCUGGCCAAGGAGGGCAGCAGUAGCCGCAGCAGCGAUGGCGGUCUGGACCUGAGCGAUACGGCCAAGGAUGCAUUGCGGGUGCUGCUACUCGACGAGAAACUCCGCACGCAGUUGAUGUUGGCGCUCACGGAGGACAACAAGCUGCACCUGGACGAGGUGCUCAACCUGCUUCGGCUGGUGCAGAACGACAUCAACCCGCAGAAGCUGGUCGGAGAGGUGGUUCGGGACGCUCCCGCCAUUGGCCGGCAGCUGCUGCUCAGCUGGGCGGACAGAGUGCUGGUGUCAUAA